CUGCAACUUGACCAUAUAUUUUAAUGUCAAGAUGCUCAAGACUCGAGAGAGUGGUUGAUCCUACUGAUCAAUAAUGGCGAUUUUUUUUCUUCAUAUUAACAAAUCGUACAAAAGUCGAAGACAGGAUCAGGAUCUGAUGAUCUAGUGCCCAUAAUUUCUCUGUCCCUCUUACCCUUCUCUCCCUAAUUCCUGGCAGUCCCUCAAUACAGGUUCUUGAGCCAACAGGCUGAUAGUGCAAUUGGGUUGUGCAAGAUUUAAUCAUCUGAUUGAAAUCAAGGUGAGUUUUCAGAAAGCUUUACUUUGUAUAAAAGGUAGUUAUGAGCCCUAAAGUAAGUUCAUGAUGGAGGUGGGUGGAGAGUGACCAUCUACUCUAACCAGGUUUGGGGAUUAACUGAAUUAAGUUUGAUCUAUUUGUCAAAUUCCAGUUACUCUUGGUGCUGAAAGUUCUCUAGAAUAGAGGAUUCUGGCUUCAAUUUGUCGAUAGCAUACUUUCAUUAAACACUGUUCAACACUGCCAAGUAAAUAAAUAAAUUAUUCGGAGCAAUACUAGACGCAACAGCAAUGGAGAAUCAAGGCAGUUGUGAUCACCAUCAUCCACUGACAUUCAGGGCAAAGAUUGAUCAUUCUUUGAGUGACAAGCUAUUUUCUUGUUGUGGAAAGAGCCUCUCGUCAGGUCAAGUGUAUGGUUGUAUCAACUGUAAUUACUUUAUCCACGAUGAUUGUGCUGACUUGCCACGAGAAUUUAACUACAGCUUUCAUGUCCACCCUCUCAAGUUGUUUUGCCAGUUGGAUGAACUUGCUGAGUUUGAGUGUGUUGCUUGUCAUCAAAGACGUUAUGGAUUCAGCUACCAGUGUGUCCCAUGCAAGUAUAAGCUGGACGUUGAUUGUGCUAUGAAUAUUUCAACCAAAACAUUUGAAGAUUUUGAGCAAAUACAUUAUCCCCAUCAUCGCCACCCACUGACACUUUGCGAUAAGGACGAUGGUGAAGUGUACUGCUCUUUAUGCAAUAGACAAUGUUCAGGCCCUACACAAGAAUGCAGUCUCUGCCGCUUUUUCCUUCAUAAAUCUUGUGCGGAAAUUCAAGAGAUGAACCACUACUUUCAUCCACACACUCUCAAGCUACGAAAGAAUUUUAUACAGUGGCAUUUGUGUGAUGCUUGCAAUCAAGAACACCGCGGAUUCAGCUUUCAGUGUCGCGAUUGUGCUUUCAACAUCGAUUCUGAAUGUGCUUUAAUGGCCACUGUAAAACCUGAAGGAUGCGAGCAGAUUCAACAUCGACUGCACGGGCAUCCUUUGACGCUAUGUGAGAAGGAUAUCGGUGACAACAUCAAAUGCUAUCAAUGCAAUCGACAAUGCUUGAGCCAAACAUAUGAAUGCCAGCGUUGCCUCUUCUAUCUUGACCAAUCUUGCGCCGAGUUGAAUGAAAGUUUUUAUGGUCAACAUCCCUUUCAUCCCUUCCACACUCUCACUCAGUUGCAACUUGUUACAAGGUUUAUAUGUCAUGCUUGUAAUAACACUUGUGAGAAUUCUCCUGCCUACAAGUGCACUAGCAAGUUUUGUGACUUCAUCCUUGAUGUUCAUUGUGCAUCACUGACGCCCUACAUAAAAAUUGACACUCAUGAGCAUCUUCUCUAUCUAUUCGAGAAUUUCGGCAUAGAACCCAAUUGCAAAAGGUGUAAUAGCCCUUGUCAAUUUGGGGAAAGCAUCUUUCGGUGUGUAGUGUGUGAUUACAAUCUUCACUUUUUAUGUGGUCCAUUACCACAUACCAUUAUACAUGAAUGUCAUCAAGAUCCACUAACAUUAGCAGAUCCUAUAGUUGACGAUGGAUGUGAAGACGAAAGUGAGGUUUACUGUGAUGCCUGCGAGCAGAAUAGAGACCCUGACGAAUGUGUGUACUUUUGCGAGACGUGCGGUCAUAUUGUUGAACUGAAGUGCGUUAUAAAUGAGGUCCUACUAUCACUAAAAGGAGAGCGUGGAAGUGUGAAGCUGAAGGUUCCGAAUAGUGAGAUAGGUGGUAGAGUGAUUAGCGAGCUCUUGAUACAGAAUGGGAUUGAGCAAAAGGAAAACGAAGCAACUGAAACAGGGAACGAUGCCACACUCCAGGAUACAAAAACAAUAGAGGAUGAACUUGAUUUGAAUUUGAUUGAUUUACACGAUUCUUUCACUGACGAAGAACGUAAGGAAGUAUUGAAUGUUUUCAGUGCUGCUGGUAUUGUUAAACCAACUUCCUCUCGUGAAAAUCCUCAAGGAAAAGAGAACGGUUAUGAUGUAGAAGAAGAAUCAACAUCUGAGGAUGAAGACGAAGAUGGAGAAAGCAUUUCCAAAACGGUAUCAUAUUCGGAUGAGGAUCUUAUGCAGUUUAUGAAGACUCUUGAUGCUCAGGAUCCGGAGAUUUUGAGAAUGAUUGUGGAUUCAUGGAAAUCAAGGUCAAAGAUUAUCAAGAUUGGCGAACUCAUGGUCACCCAGGAUGUGGCUCCUAUCCUAAAGACCUUGUUAUCCAAGUACAAGGACUUCACCGCGAAAUCCAGGUUGCGUCCGCAAGUAAAGAUUCUUUUCUUGAUCCUAUUUUGUGUCAUAGUGAAGAACAUCUCCAACACUAGGGUUAAGGAGGUCAACAAAAGAUCACUCCACUUCUGGUGGCAGUCCCUUAAUCUUGUGAGGUUAGCUGAGUUCGAUAUUCAGUUUGCUAUUGAUCAUUUCAAUAAAAUAACGCGAGCAUACUACGGACUGCAAGUCAUAGCAUUUGAUCGCGACAACGAAAACAAACUCAAGCUCGAACAUGAUGAGCUCUCUUGGGAGUUGAAGGAGUUGGAAGCAAAAGUUGCGGCGAAGAAGGCAGAAGUAGAGGCGACUGAAUUGAAAAUACAAAAUGAAAUUUCCGCUAAGUCUGCAAGAUCAAGCUUGAUGAAAGAAUGUGUUUUUCAUGCCACGAAACUAAAGUGGAAGAAAGCAGGUGAGGAUCUGUUAUGAGGUUUUCUUUAAUGGACUAUUGGCAAGUGGGGCUUGCAGAUUGGUAUUUUAUCUAGUGUGCUUUUCUUUUGUUUCCUUGUUUCACAAAUGGUUGGGCAUAAUUCUGUUUUAUAUCUUGUAUUAGCAAUCAAAAUGUAACAUCCCCCAAUUUUUUGGGGACCUUGUGAUAUGUCAAAUAUUAUAUAUAGAUUUAAUUGUGUUUUGUAUGGACUUUUGCAUGAUUA